CGGUCAAACACACACUUCACUGAAACAAACUCUUCUUUAACCCUUGCUCAUGCUGACAUUCUUAAUUUCGGGGAGAGAGAGUGCACUUUAGAAAGAGAGAGGGGGUUACUCCCCUGUGUCCACCGUUGCCAGAAAGCGGAAGAGGUUGUUACUCCCCUGUGUCCACCGGAAGCUCGUAGCACGCCCUCCCUCCGCUCGUUAGCAAGCAAGCCAGCGUAAGAGACGCAGGAAAGCAAGCUUAUUCAGAAGAAAAGGCCCAGAUGGUUCUUUGUCUUGCAGCUAAAAGGCGUGGGUAGGGUUGGUUUGAUUUGUAGACUCUUAAGUGAUCGCCCUUUCAUGUAUUGACAGGUGGGAUAAGGUCACUCAGAGCCAGGUUUCUAAGAGGCCAGGUGCUCUGCCUUGCUGCACUUGUUCGGUGAGUCCAGCGGGGGAUCCCGAGUGAUGAAAAAGUAAUUGACGGACGGACUCUUUCGAAGCUGUCGGUACCAUGAUGUGUAAUGGACUGAGAGAGAGAGAGAGAGAGGGAGCAAUUUAGAGAGAAAUAGAGGUGGUGUUGGCUAUGUCAUCAUCAAACGUGAGUGAGUAUUUCGAGUGUGUGAACCUAGAGAUAGAAGGAGAGUUGUUUGCGAGACCGUCAAACGCAGAGGUGGCGGUGGCUAUGGCAGAAUCACAAGGGAGCGAGUAUUUCGAUUGGUUGGACUUAGAGAGAGGAGGAGAGUUGCUUGCGGUGGAGGACGACGAGAUUGAGUUGAUACAGGCGGCGCCACUUGCUGGUACUGAAGAAAAUUUGACUAGAAAUGUGACCGUUGCGGAGGCUACUGGGCAUGGAAUGAUUAUUCCAUUUCAACCAUUGACAAUGACAUUUCUAAAUGUCAGUUACUUUGUUGAUAUGCCCAAGGAAAUGAGAUCAAGGGGUAUACUUGAAAAUAGGUUGCAGCUCUUGUCAAAUGUGAGUGGAGUAUUCUCACCAGGUGUUCUGACUGCAUUGGUUGGGUCAAGUGAGACAGAAAAGAAAAUUUUAAUGGACAUUCUUGCGGGGAGGAAAACUGACGGAUACAUAGAAGGUGAUAUCUUGAUAUCAGGUUUCCCAAAAGAGCAACGCACGUUUGCUCGAAUCUCUGGAUAUGUUGAGCAAGAUGAUAUACAUUCUUCUCAGCUGACCGUUAAGGAGUCUCUUUGGUUUUCUUCUAGUCUUCGCCUUCCAAAAGAAGUUACCAAAGAACAAAAACAUGAGUUUGUUGAAGAAGUGAUAAGCUUAGUGGAGCUUGACUCCCUACGAGAUGCUAUGGUUGGCUUGCCUGGUAGUUCUGGCUUAUCAAAAGAGCAGAGAAAGCGUUUAACAAUUGCAGUAGAGCUCGUUGCCAAUCCUUCCAUUAUUUUCAUGGAUGAGCCGACGUCAGGAUUAGAUGCACGGGCAGCAGCCAUAGUGAUGCGAACUGUGCGUAAUACGGUGGAUACUGGGAGAACAGUAAUUUGCACCAUACAUGAACCAAGCAUUGAUAUUUUUGAAGCAUUUGAUGAGCUGUUAUUUAUGCAACUCGGGGGACGUGUUAUCUAUGGAGGGAAGCUUGGUUUGCACUCACAAAUUAUGAUAGACUAUUUUCAGGGAAUUAAUGGAAUUUCCCCAAUCCCAAAUGGUUACAACCCAGCAACUUGGAUACUUGAGGUAACCACACUUGCCGUUGAGGAGCGAAUUAGAAUGGAAUUUUCAGAAUUAUAUAAGAAUUCAGAACAAUACAGGGAAGUGGAAGCUACAAUUAUGCAAAUGAGUGUUCCAGUUGCUGGCUCAGAACCAUUAAAGUUUUCCACAACCUACUCACAAAACUUUUUGGCUCAAAUUAUUAUUUGCCUUCAGAAAUAUAAUCUUGUUUAUUUGAGAACUCCGUCAUACGGUCUCAUGAGAUUAAUUUUUGGUAUCACAAUUGCCUUUUUAUUGAGCUCUGUAUUUUGGCAUCUUGGUUCAAAAAGGAACUCAACUCAAGGUUUAUUAAUAGUAAUGGGAGCUCUCUCUUUAGCAUGCUCGAUUCUUGGGGUGAAUAAUGCUUCCUCAAUACAAUCAAUUGUUUCAAUUGAGAGGACAGUAUUUUACAGAGAAAAAACAGCUAGAAUGUAUUCUCCCAUCGCCUAUGGGGCUGCUCAGGGUCUUGUGCAGAUUCCAUAUGUAGCCCUGCAAACAAUAGUGUUUGGUGUCAUAACCUAUUUCAUGAUCCAUUUUCAAAUGAUAGCAAGGAAAAUUUUCCUGUAUCUUGUGUUCUUGUUCCUCACCUUCACCUACUACACUUUUUCUGGAAUGAUGGCUGUUGGUCUCAUUCCUAAUCAAGACUUGGCAUCUGUCAUUUCUUCUGCCUUUUACUCUAUGUGGACUCUCCUCUCUGGUUUUCCUAUACCAAAACCAAAUAUUCCAGAAUGGUUGACAUGGUGUUACUACAUCAGUCCUGUAACAUGGACUUUGCGAGGGAUUAUCUCCUCUGAGCUUGGUGACAAGGAAAACAUGAUUAAAGAACCUCAGUUUAAUGGCACUGUGAAAGAAUAUUUGAAAGCUAACCUUGGCUAUGGUCCUCGAGUGAUUGAAGUUUCAGCUGCUGUGUUGAUUGGCUUUUGUGUUCUAUUUUUUAGCGUUUUUAUUCUCUCGGUUAAACUUCUCGACUUCCAGAGAAGAUGAAUGGUCAAUAUUCGGAUUUGUAUCGAAAUGACAGUCCUAGUGUUUAUUCUCAGUUAACUAUCUUGCUUAUUAUCGGGGGAUUACUUCCGUAGUUUCCGUCCAAAUUAAGUGGCUUGAUGACUUAUGUUCAAUUCUUUUCCUCAAUGCUUAGCUCAUUUUUUUU